AUGUACUUUUCCAGCUAUUCUGUUGCUCCAUAUAUGUAUGGUCUUAUGAUGAUGGCGCAAACUAUAAGCGUCUUCAUGACAGUUGGAGUCUCAGUGCAUCGAUACGUUGGAGUUUGUCAUCCUUAUAAGUCGGUAGAAUGGUUACCGAAAAAGCGGGUUACUACAUUUAUUAUCAGCCUUGUCGUUUUCGGCAUAUUGUUCAACACAACGCGCUUUUUUGAGGUACAUGUUUCAAACGUAUGUUAUCGAAUCAACAUCAAUCAUUAUAUGCCUGCAUUGCAACCAACUGAGCUACGGCUAUCUGAUUUGUACAGGAAUAUAUUUUUCGGAUGGGCUUACACCAUAGUAAUGUACGUGGUACCAUUCAGUUUACUGAUCAUACUGAAUUCCUUAGUGUUGAGUGCAGUGCGACGUAGUCGAAGGAUGCAUAUGGUUAGCCAGGUGAGCUUUCGAUUUUUUCUGCUCGUAUGA